AUGGUGGAAGGUGAAGGGGAAGCACAUCCUCACAUGGCCAGCAGGAUAGAUAACAGAGGGGGAAGUGCUACACGCUUUUGGACAACCAAAUCUUGUGGAUUGAGCUGUAGCGAACAACGGUCAGAACUUGGAAGGAAGGUCCAGGGAAAGUGUGGUGGAAUGGACAAAAGUAACCAGUCCAGUGUCUCUGAAUUCCUCCUCUUGGGUCUUUCUGAGCAGCCAGAGGAACAACCUCUCCUAUUUGGCAUUUUCAUGGGGAUGUACCUGGUCACCGUGUUGGGGAACAUUCUCAUCAUCUUGGCCAUCAACUUUGAGUUACACCUCCACACCCCCAUGUACUUUUUCCUGGCCAACCUCUCUUUUGCUGAUGCUUGCUUUUCUUCCACUACAGUCCCUAAGAUGCUGGUGAACAUCCAGACACAGAGUCAGACCAUACCAUAUGGAGGCUGUUUAGCUCAGAUGCAUUUUUCAUGAUGUUUGGGGGCACUGGACGACUUCCUCUUGGGGGUGAUGGCCUAUGACCGCUAUGUGGCCAACUGCAAGCCUCUCCACUACUCCACACUCAUGAGUCCUUUUAUGUGCAUGCUCCUUCUCACAGUAUGCUGGAUUCUCACCAACCUCGCUGCCCUCUUACACACCCUGCUCAUGGCAAAGCUUUCUUUCUGUGCAGGCAACACCAUUCAUCACUUCUUCUGUGACGUGGUCCCUCUGCUACAGCUCUCCUGCUCAGACACAAGCACCAACCAGGUAGCCUUGUUCACUGUGGGCUCCAUGGUACUCACUGGUCCUCUCUCCCUGAUCAUUUUGUCAUAUGUACACGUCUUCUCCAGCAUCCUCAGGGUCCCAUCUGCCUUUGGCAGGCAAAAGGCCUUCUCCACCUGUGGAUCCCAUCUUACUGUUGUCUUCUUGUUCUGUGGUGCAGCAGUUGGUGUCUACCUGUGGCCCACUUCAUCACAGUCAGAGGGCAAAGACAGGGUUGUAGCUAUAUUUUACACAGUGGUGACCCCCAUGCUGAACCCCUUCAUUUACAGCCUCAGGAACAAGGAUAUGAAGACAGCAUUGAGAAAGCUUUUGUCUUGA